AUGGCGGGAGGUGGUGAUACAACCGUCAAAGUAGACACACCUCACGCUCUCAACCAAGGAGUUGGCUAUGGCAUCGUCAUUGGGCUGGGAGCAUUGUUUGCUCUUGGCAUGAUUCUAGUCACAUUUAUCCUCAAACGCUACAACCGCGAGCUCCAAACAUCCGAAAUGUUCAACACUGCCGGCCGCACCGUCAAAUCCGGUCUCGUCGGUUCCGCCGUCGUCUCCUCCUGGACCUGGGCUGCCACCCUCCUCCAGUCUUCGGGUGUCUGCUACCGCUACGGCGUUUCCGGUCCAUUGUGGUACGCCUCGGGCGCUACCGUACAAAUCCUCCUCUUCGCGACCCUCGCCAUCGAACUAAAACGCCGCGCUCCGAACGCUCACACCUUCCUCGAAGCCAUCCGUGCCCGUUUCGGCACCAUGCCUCACAUUGUCUUCAUGGUCUUUGGCCUGGUAACCAACAUCCUCGUGUCCCUGAUGCUCAUCGUCGGCGGUUCGGCAACCAUCAAUGCCCUGACAGGCAUGCACACCAUCGCCGCCAUCUAUCUCCUCCCCGUCGGCGUGGUAGCUUACACCGUAGUCGGCGGUCUGAAAGCCACCAUCCUAACAGACUGGGUGCACACCUUCAUCUUGCUGAUCAUCAUCAUCGUCUUCGCCCUAACUGCCUACGCCAGCGGUGAAGCCUUGGGGUCGCCCAGCGAAGUCUAUGACCUCCUUGUAAAAGCGGCACAGGCCCAUCCCGUCGAAGGAAACCACGAGGGUUCCUACCUCACCAUGCGCUCCCGCGAAGGCGCCAUCUUCUUCGUGAUCAACAUCGUUGGUAACUUCGGCACCGUCUUCCUCGACAAUGGGUACUACAACAAGGCCAUCGCCGCCUCGCCCGUCCACGCUUUGCCCGGUUACAUCUUAGGAGGCCUCUGCUGGUUCGCCAUCCCCUGGCUUACCGCCACGACUAUGGGUCUUUCCGGUCUGGCCCUCGAAAACAACCCCCGUUUUCCCACCUACCCCAACCGCAUGCCCGAGGCCGACGUCUCAGCCGGUCUGGUUCUCCCCUACGCUGCCGUCGCUCUGCUAGGAAAAGGUGGCGCGGCAGCUACUCUGCUCAUCGUCUUCAUGGCCGUUACUUCUGCGACUUCCUCCCAGCUUAUCGCCGUAUCUUCCAUCGUGGUGUACGACCUCUACAGAACGUACAUUAAGCCCGAAGCCAGCGGUAAACGACUAAUUUACAUGUCGCACGUCGUCGUGGCCGCUUACGCGCUUUUCAUCGCCACCUUCUCCGUCGGACUCUGGUACGCUGGCAUUUCAAUGGGGUAUCUCUACGUGAUGAUGGGCGUCAUUAUUUCGUCGGCAGUGCUCCCAGCCGCAUUAGUCCUAACCUGGUCCGGCCUGAAUAAAUGGGCUGCUGCCCUCAGCCCUGUCCUAGGAUUGUGCGUAGCGCUGGUGGCGUGGUUAAUCACUGCCAAGAAGGAGUGUGGCGAGAUGAGCGUUGCUUGCACGGGGAGUAACAUGCCAAUGUUGGCGGGGAAUGUGGCGGCGUUGUUGAGUCCUGUGGUGUUUAUUCCUGUGUUGACGCUUAUUUUUGGGAAAGCGAAUUAUGACUGGAAGAGCAUGAUGGAGAUUAAGAGGGGGGAUGAUACUGAUGUUGUUGCGGGAGAGGCGGGGGUGGAUUUGGAUUUGGAGGAGACGAUGGGGGGUAGGGAGGAGACGGAGAGGGAGAGGGAGAUGAUGGAGGAGGAGCAAGGGAAGUUGAGCAGGGCGAGUAAGAUAAGUAAGACGAUGACUGCUGUUUUGACCCUAGCCCUCCUAAUCCUCUGGCCCAUGCCCCUCUACGGAACCGGCUACAUAUUCUCCAAACCGUUCUUCACAGGGUGGGUGGUCGUCGGCAUCAUCUGGAUUUUCUGCUCCUUCAUUGGCGUCGGCCUGUUCCCCAUCUACGAAGGGCGGGACACCCUGAUUAGGACGUGCAAGUAUAUCUAUUGGGAUGUCACGGGCAAGAAGAAUGUUAGGGCUAUUCAUGCUGAGCAGGCCAUGGCUGCUCAUACUGCUGGUGGUGUACUUGAUGGGGAGGUGGUGGUUACGGAGGGGGUUACUGAGGGAGUGAUGAUGACGCCGGGGGAUCAGACGCCUGAGGAGAAGAGUGUUAAGGGACUUGGGGAGAAGGGGGAGAAGGUGGGGAUGGGGAUGGGGGUUACUUCUUUGUGA